AUGAUCAACAAUGAAUAUGAAGUGUCAGUGACAUUGGCAGCUGGUGCAAUGUCAGGUAUCAAGUUGAAUGAUACUCAGACACCAAUUGCACCACCUCUACCUCCUCCUAUAGUCGCAUACCCAAAUCCAUUCACAAUGAAGAAGAAGUAUCCUUAUACUCCAUUUGUUGACGGACCUUCAAGACAAACUUCAUCAUCAUUGAGAACUGAACCACCUGCACCAGUGGACCUCUCUUGUACAAUACGUAAUGUGGUCACGACAGAACUAUACAAUAUACUUCAAGAUCAUGGUAUCAAUAAGAUUGUGAUCGAUCUACGUCCGACCUCAUUGUUCAAUCAAUCACGCAUCCAUGGCACGGUCAACAUACCUCCACCUCCAGCUGAUUUGGCAGAUUAUGUCGAGUCCAUCACAUCACAACAACAACAAUACUUUACAUCGUCGAACAAGACAUUCAAUAUGACCAAGUACUCAAACUCAUGUUAUGGAUGGGCGGGUCUGAGGCAUUGGUGUCUCACAACAAACAGUGUGAUACUAUUGUCAGAUGGACCAUUCUCAACUGAACUCGAUAUGGCCAGUGUCCACAAGCACUAUGACGAUGACUGGCAUACAUUCGACCCGUCUGACACCACACCAGGCACUUGGGAACGCUUUGUAAUGCAUUAUCUAGUCUCUAGACGCAAGAGCAAUGUUGAGAUCUGUAACUACAGUGCUGGAUUCUCUGCUUACCACACCAAGUAUCCAUUCCUUUGUGCCAAAGCUGAUGACGAGCGAUGUCCACCCAACUAUCCCAGCGAGAUACUUGACGACUUCCUCUAUCUUGGUGCCUAUGACCAUGCUUCUGAUCUCAAGCAGUUGAAGAAUUUGAACAUCACAUACAUUGUCAACAUGGCAGUGGAGUUGGAGAACUGUUAUCACAUGUAUAAAUACUAUAGGGCCGAUCUGGAAGACAACUUCAAGGCGGACAUCACAUCUCAUUUCACCUCGGUCAUUGAGUUUAUCAAUGAAGCCAAGCGUAAUAACACAAGAGUGUUGGUACAUUGUGCAAUGGGAAUCAGUAGGAGCACGACUGCUGUGCUCGCCUACUUGAUGAAGGAGCAUGCCUAUCGCUACAUUGAUGCCAGACGUUAUGUCAAGCAACGACGAUCAAUCAUCCAGCCCAACUUUAGCUUUGGCAAGGCGCUCACAGAGUAUGACAAAGUACUUUAUGGAGCACCUCCUGCGACAGUGGCAGUGUCCGAAACAACUACAGAGUAG